AUUUGGAGAAGCAGACGCGCGGUGGAGGCUAGUGAGCUCCCUUAACGACAAAUUCAUGCCAUCACCGUUGAUUCAGCGGCCUUGUUUUUUCACGCUGGAUACAGAACAUUAAAUAUAUGAAGAAAUUACACUCUCAGCCAAAACGAGCCGGAAUAACGCACAACGCUUGACCUUGCAUUGAAUGUCAUUAUAGACGGAUUUUUUAAAGCACCGACACGGUCAUCAGCUGCAACCAUGGAGAUUGUCACACAUUUAAUUAACGACACCAUAGAGUUCUACAAGUGGACCUUAACCAUUGCAGACAAACGGGUGGAGAAAUGGCCCCUGAUGGACAACCCCCUGCCCACACUGGCCAUCAGCACCUCCUACCUGCUGUUCCUCUGGCUGGGACCCAAAUACAUGAAGAACAGAGAGCCCUUCCAGCUCCGCAAAACACUCAUCGUCUACAACUUCAGCAUGGUCUUCCUUAACUUCUUCAUUUUUAAGGAGCUGUUUAUGGCAGCACGGGCAGCGAGCUACAGUUACAUUUGUCAGCCUGUGGACUAUUCAGAUGACCCCAAUGAAGUCAGGGUGGCAGGAGCUCUAUGGUGGUAUUUUGUCUCAAAGGGCAUUGAGUAUCUUGACACAGUGUUUUUCAUCCUGAGGAAAAAAUUCAACCAGGUUACUUUCCUGCACGUCUACCACCACUGCACCAUGUUUACGCUCUGGUGGAUCGGCAUCAAAUGGGUGGCAGGAGGACAGUCAUUUUUUGGCGCUCACAUGAACGCAGCCAUCCAUGUCUUGAUGUAUUUGUAUUAUGGCCUGGCCUCCUGUGGACCAAAAAUCCAAAAGUAUCUGUGGUGGAAGAAGUACUUGACCAUCAUCCAGAUGAUCCAGUUCCACGUCACCAUCGGCCACACAGCCCUGUCCCUCUACGUCAACUGCGACUUCCCCCACUGGAUGCACUACUCCCUCAUCUGCUAUGCCAUCACCUUCAUCAUCCUCUUUGGCAACUUCUACUACCAGACCUACCGCCGCCAGCAGCCCAGACGCGACGCCUCCUCCUCCUCUUCCUCUAAAGCGGGCAAGGCUGUCUCAAACGGGUCCCUCAAUGGGCUCAGCAAGGCCGCCAACGGUGCCGUUGUGACGGGGAGCAAAGAGGAGAAGCCCCAGGAGAACUCUGGGAGGAGGAAGAGGAAAGGAAGAGCUAAAAGAGAUUAGAGUCAGAGGAGUGAGAGAGGGAGGUGGAGAUGAGGUAGGGCCUUUAUUUGGGUUCUAGGUUUAUAAUGUUGAAAUAUAAAAGACUUAAUUUGAGGAAGAUUUAAACGGAUGGAUGCGUUGAGGUGUGUUUAUUUAAGCCAUGAUCUGAGUUGUUGUAGAUAAAACAUGAGACAGGUGUGUGUUAAGAGAUGAUCAUUCUGUUAGGAAGUGUCAGAAGUCAGACAGAAAUAACCCAAAAUACAAGAGUGUACGGUGCAGGAUAGAUCUUAGUAUUCCUUGUCUUUAUUGUGGUGCCAAGUACUGUAGAUCUGGUCCACAAAGUGACUUUCAGCUUGUAAAAACAACCUGAAAUGAUACAGAGGUUUCCAGGCUCAUUUGGCAUGCUGGAAAAGUUACAUUAAAUGUGUCUGAGCUGCUUACAAAGAAUAUUAUUAUUAGCAACCACUGCUGAGACAGGAAUACACAUCAUAACACACGCAAAAAUGUGUCAAUUUAUACUUGAGCGUGAUAUUUUUAGUUGUUCACCUUUACAAAUAAAAAAGCUGAUGAUAAUGUACAGUAUCAUAUCUUAUUUUGUCCUCUUAUUGAUGUUAUGUGAGAGAGAAUUACAGAUCUUGGAGUUGUCUUAUUUAUUCUUAUUUAUUUCAAGCUGUGGACUCACUGUUUUAUUUUAAGGGCACAGUUACACUCUAAAGAUGGAAAUAAAUCAAUAUUCAGAUGUAAGAUGUGCAUAGAAAUAGAAAAACAUCAAUUCAUAACGCUUUGAGGCUUGGAUGGGGUAGUUUCACUGCUGGUUUAUGAUGGAAAAAUCAACAAUAGCUGAGAGAAGGUUAAAAUUGAACAUUUCUAUUUCUGUGUACAGCUGUUACAGAUAGUUUUAUGUCUCUACUUGUAUGUAAUGCAAUGCUAUUUCAUGAGUAUGCAGAGAAAUGAUGGAUUAUGUCAAUGUUUCCCCGUUUUGGCAGAGAGGCUGGUGGAGUUUUGUCUUUGCAGAUGUUUACCUUUUUAUAUCCUCUCCUCUCUGAUGUCGUUGUUUGUCUUACAUGCUGGUGAAAAUGUUGCUGCCGAAGAAAGAAACACCAAUACACAGCUCAGAGUAUGAAGGAGGAUUUAGUAGAGCCAGUUUCAUCAAGUUGACUAAACUUCAGGCGCCUCUGUCUUUCCAUUUUUAGUCAAAUAUCUAUCAGAAUCUUGAGUCCUGAGCUGGCAUGAAUGUAAAUUUAUCAGGAUUUAAACAGAGGAAGUUUAUGACAUACAUACUAGUGGAGCAGGUGGACCUCCAAAGUGACUUUAUGUCUAAGCAGAAUGAAAAUAACUGCUCUGCCUGGCGUACAUAAAGAGAAUACACACGUUGUCAGCUUUGUAACAGCAUAAACCCAGCUUUAUGUUGUCCAUUAACAACAUUUGCAGCAUUUUGAUGUUAUUUAUUGGUUCUUUCUUUCUACUUAUUUCACUGUAAAUACUAAUUUUCAUCAACUGAGAGUGCUUGUCUGUGUAUUUGUGUUUCUUUUUGUGUUGUACAUAUUACAUUGUGAUAUUUUGUACACUGCGCAUUUGGGAAUGUUCCCAGCUUGUUAGCUUGGACAGUUAUACGUCCACAUUGCUUCUGUGUUUUUUUAAAGUAUCAUAACUUUGAACUCUUCAAAUUAAAUUAAAAUGAA